AUGGCAGGCUGGGUGUUUUUGCUGCUGGUGUUGUGUUUGCUUGUGUGUGAGUGUGAGUGUGUGAAGGAUUACUAUGCUGUGUUAGGGGUUCCCCACACAGCGACGGAAGGGCAGAUAAAGAGAGCUUUCCGUGGACUGGCCAUGAAACACCAUCCCGACAGAAACAGGAGAUCUGAUGCACCUCAAAUCUUCACACAAAUUGCCCAGGCCUAUGAGGUACUGUCUGAUGCGAGGAGGCGGAGACUGUACGACCAGGUUGGCCAUACGUCCUACGUGAGCCCUCGUGGAGAGAGAGAGGGAGACAAGGGUUCGAGGGACCCACUUGGUGACCAUCGCCAUGGCAAGGGAAACAGUGGUGGUUUCUAUGGUAACGGCAUUUUCCCUCCAUUCAGCUCAGACGAGCUGCUGCAGAUGCUUCAGGUGGAGGAGGAAGAACUGUUUGAGGGGGUGUGGUCUGACAUGGACCAGGGGUGGAGCUUCACUUUUGGAGGGGAGGAUGAUGGCGAUGACCAUGAUGAAUUCUGGGACGGCCGCUGGCUGGAGGAAGAUGCAGGCUUUUACUAG